AUGGCGAGGGGCACAGGCCUGCUUCUGUCCGCCCUUGGGAGCGGGGAGGUUCCCGCAGAGCCGGGAGAGCGGCCGCCCCGCCGGCUGCGAAACGAAGCCAUUAACGCUGCUGUCACUGCAGCCAGCAAAACAUAUAAGGACUAUCCAUUUGGAUUUUUAAGAGUGAUUAUGUUAAAAUUUCUUGUAUGUAUAAACCAUAAAAAAAUCCAGGCCACUAAUAGAAACUGUGAAGUGACUGCUGAUGUGAGACAUGAUGGAUCUGAACCACUUGUAGAUGUUAUGUUUGCUGAUGGAGAGCGAUUGAUAAUGAAGGGAGCGAACCUAACGACAACAGAAAUGUUAACAGCAUUGGGGUCCAGAUGUAGCGCAAAAGAGCUUAAGGAAGAACAGAAAAGCAAGAAGAAAAGUCCCUGA